AUGCUCCCGCAUGCAUCACGGUGGCUCCUGGCCUGGUGUUUGGUCGCAUCGCUUUACUUCCGAUGUGCAGACGGAUGGGUCCAAAGCGUGGCGACGCUCCUGGGUGUUGGUGCGAAUGCCCCGGCGGCCGUUUACUCGGCGCUGGCCAACUACUACUCAACCUACGAUCCAUACUUCAACUAUGCCUACACUGGAAUCGGCUCCGGAGCGGGUCGUGCGGCCCUCGUCGCCGGAUCGACCAACUUGACCUGGGCAGCGUCCGAUAACGUGCCCUCCAAUGUCACGUUUGUCGGACCUGGGAACAUUGUCGGGCACUCCGUGGCCGUCAUCUAUCACUUGAAUGUCACCAAUCUUACGCUCACGCGGCAAAAUGUCGCCGAUAUCUUCACCGGGAAGGUUGUCUACUGGAACGACACUCGGCUGGUUCAGCACAACCCUGCACUGACCUCCAUCAACGCGCGUAUCCAGGUCAUCGCCAUUAGCGGUUCCUCUGGAAUUGCCUCCAAUUUUCUAUAUGCUCUCAACAGCAUCGACCCAACUCUGAACUUGGGCAACUCCCUGUCGUACCCGCUUUCGACAUGGGGCCCGGCCACUGCAGCAUUCUACGGCUCCAGCAACACAAUUGUCUCGGACGGCAUCCAGGUCACUCCGUACUCGAUCGGCUUUGUCGACUACCCGUCGGCCUCGACAACCCUGGCCUCUCUCGCCUCAGGGCUGAACCUGUAUGCCAUCGCAAACAUCAUCAACCGCAACGGCGAUGUCGUUGCCCCAUCCAUAUACACGAUGUCGAAUGCCCUUUCCACAGCAAGCACCACAAACGUUUCGUCUCUGCGACACUUCUCGGGCGACAUCGGCACAUACAUUCGCUCGACCUACAUCGACACCACCACGCCAAAUGCAUAUCCGUUCAUGGAACCGUCUUUUAUUCUCCUUCGGCAAGACUCCCAGCCCUACAGCAUCGCCGAAGCUCAAAUGCGUGCCACACUUCGUUUCCUCUUCUGGAUGCUCUUUGGCGGGACAGAGACGGAUCCCGAUUUUCGACGCUUUGCGUAUGAUGCACUCAAACUGGUCACCCAAAACGGAAAGGUGCUCUUUGAUGCAUCUUCUCCAUGCAAUCCGUACUUUGACGCUAAUGGGACCUAUAUAACCGCCAACUCCUGCAAGCACGGGUACUGCGUCGUCGAUGGUCCGUUUCAAGACUCCUCAGUGACUCAGUGCAUCUGCGAUGCUGGAUUCAUGAACAACAUGCAACUGGAUUGCUCUGAGCCAUCCGCACCAUUCAUGAUCCUCUUUUACGGCGUCGAGUCCUACAACACUGCCAUUAUGGCGUUCCUGAGCAUCACUGGGCUCAUCAACGCCGCCAUCCUGGCCAUGCUGUUCGUGUUUCGAGAAAAGCCAAACAUCAAAGCUAUUUCGCCGAAUUGUUGCUACAUAAUCGUUGUCGGGGCCCUUUUUGGUCAAAUCGGCGCACUAUUCUAUUCCGCCGAGCCCAGCACCUUGGUUUGCUCCAGCCGGAUGUUCUUCCCGGUCAUUGCCUUCUCCUCAAUCUUCAGCAUGCUCUUGAUGAAGUCUGUGCGGAUCUACAUGAUCUUUGAAAACCGACGCAUGCGUGUCUUCAAGACGCCGGACUGGAAACUCAUCCUCGCGACGCUUGUCGUGUUGGUUGCCGAGAUUGUGGUGUGUGCAGCAUGGGUUGCCGUGGAAGGCCCCACGGCCGAGGUCGAGGGCAGUUUCUACGGGCUGGUAUGCACGGCGACGUUUUCGUCCACGGUGGUGCCCGAGAUUGUCCUCUACGUCAUCAACGGAGCCAUCAUGCUCGGGUGUGUGGCCUUUGCCUAUCUCACCCGCGGUGCUCACGAGCGCUUCCAAGAGUCCAAGGUCAUUGGCAUAUGCAGCUACAUGGUCUCCCUGACGUUGGUGCUGUGCCUUCCGAUCGUCUACAUUCUCUCCGGAAGCUUGGACUCGCAAGCACUCUUCACCGUGGGCCGCGUGAUCCUGGCUUGCUUGAUCGUCAUGAUCUCGUCGUUUGUCCCUGCAGCGCUGUUUGCAGGCAGGAUCAUCGGCGUCCUCCGCUCUGACCCUGGCGAAGGUGAAAAGUCGGGAGCCCCCAAAUCCAUGCACACGUCCUCGGGUCAUUCCAAUAUCCGAAGCCAGGGCAUGUUGUCUGCAGACAUUAUUACCUACGUAUAUGACUGCGGCGUCCAAGGUCUCAAGUUCGGAGGUGCUUGGAUGUCAUCGACUGUCCUGGUGUUUGUCACCCUGGACAUCAUCGACUUUCGCGAUCCCAGCCUCGAUGGCACCGUCCAGGCAAGCUUCCGCUUCUCGGCAUGUGAAUGCGAGCCCUGUGACUCCGAAUCAGAUCCCGAAGGUGGCAAAGCACUUGCCCGAAGCGUCAAGCUCCGAAACAACAAGUCUCAGCUCACGCUCGAGUUCGGAUCAAAGGAGACAGCACUGACGUUUUUGAACAACUUCAAGGAAGCCAAAGCCAAGCCUCAUAUUUUCAAAGGCAAGGGAAUCGGUGCCCUCGGUGACCUCGGAGGACAAUUGGGGCACAGCGGGCAUGGACUCUUGGGUAGCCUGGAAAGAGGCGGCACUGCCAUGAGGCGAAAGAGCAAAACGAUCGUUAUUCACGAGCCCGGGGACAUCACUGCAUCUGGAACACACGAUCGAAUUAUUGCUUCCAAAAUCGACGAAAGCAUCGACAGCCAGAAGAGUUGAAUCAAACCAGGAACCUGUGGUCAUGGUGGAUAGAAUUCCGGUUUUCAAUCACGUGGGGGGCUUUACUUGAUGUGCCAUUUUUAAUGCUUCGGGUGGGGAGAACAGGAAAAUAACCUGCGGAACGCCCCGUCUCCGUUUCACAGUUGAGAGUGC